AUGGAGGACGAGAAUGGGAUAUACCCCCCAGAGUAUCUGAAUUCACUUAAGUUCUCUGGUCUUCCGAAUCAUGUCUUAUCUUUAAAGGUUGGUGCACCAGUAAUGCUUCUGCGGAACCUUAACCAAAAAGAAGGCCUCUGCAAUGGAACAAGAAUGGUUGUCACCAGGCUAGGAGAACGCGUCAUUGAAGCAGAACUACUCACCGGAACUCAUGUUGGGAAGACUGUCAUAAUUCCAAGGAUAAUAUUGUCACCCACCGACACAAUUUAUCCAUUCACCCUAAGGAGAAGACAAUUCCCGAUACGUUUAUGCUACGCCAUGACAAUUAACAAGAGUCAAGGUCAAAGCCUCAAAAAGGUAGCUUUGUAUCUUCCGAAUCCAGUCUUUAGCCAUGGGCAACUGUAUGUCGCCUUCUCACGAGUAACCUCUGCCCAAGGGCUAAAGGUCAUCAACAUGAAGCCUCUUCAUGCCAAACCAACAGUCAGUAAUGUAGUCUACAAAGAAAUUUUCAACGGUCUACCAUGGACAAACAGACAUGAAGACAUUUAG